UUAAGAACUCGAGCAGUUGACCAUCCUGCCCUCCUCCCUCUUCCCCCAAGAUAUAUUAUAUCUAGAUAUCCACCUCUUCAUUACCAGUUGGUUUGCUCUCUAUUGCAUCUUGCGAUUCAGUCAUCCGUUGAGCAUACCCUAUCAGACGCCUUUAGGAUAGAUAACUUGUUGGUGGGGAUUGUCUGCUGAAUCAUAAAGAUCUUCAGACACUUAAGCUGGAAACAAGCGUAAAAAACACUAACAAACUCGCACAUCAACCUACCGGCCACAACCCUUCUCCGAGUCACUGCAAUUCAAACCUUCUUCCUCGUUCUGCUGUUUUCUCCUAUAGGCUAUGGAUCGUCCUAAAAACCUCCGUCCAUUACCCCAGGAUAUUAUCAGACUAAUCUGCCAGCACAUCCUACUGGAUGCCGAUCCCUCCCAACCUCACCUCUGGUUAGAUCCAUACAUUCGAACCAUCACCCCCCAAGACGCUCAAAAUAAUCUCAGGACUAUCACCUUGGAACCCACUCCCAUCGUCCAAGCCCAGCAAACUCUCAAAUCUCUCUGUCUCGUCUCGCACCAAUGGAAUUCAGAAGCCAGAAAGGCACUCUGGUCUUCUGGGAUCCAAUUCGGUUUACCCCGUUCCUUUGAAACCGUGGUUAAAUUGGUCGAUCCCAUUGGAUCCUUCUUUGAUGGUGGUGUUGAGCCAACCUGGCUCAUCUCACCACCUCCGAGUCGACAAUCAAGUCCCAAGAGAACAUUUUGCACAAGUGAAAACUUGGUUUCCGUUUCUUCCGGCCGACACGCUGCCUCCGAUCCUGAUCAAACUAGCUACCGUAGAUCAUUUUCUGGUGGCCGUCGUUCCGUCAGUCUUAAGCGUCAAGGGGGAAACUACAUCUUGCAACCUCAUUCGGACAGGGAAUGCCCGCAUUCACCGCUCCAGCCGACUCACCAAUCUACUUCUCUGAGUCCUGUGUGGAGUGAUGAACACCGACGUGCAUUUGAGCGCAGCAUCAGUCCUUUGCGUGGUAGGAUUGCCGUGCAGGCACUCUCCCAGGCCUUCAGGCGCACAUCCGUAUCCCCCAGCGCCUCUCCUACUUCACUCGUCACACUCGGCAAACGUGACGAAGACCUCAAAGAAGAAGAUGAGACUGAGGAUGAUGAAUACAUAUUCGAUCACCACAUCGACGAUUUGUUUAACCCUGCUCCUUACAUUACAUCGGUAUCUUUCUCCAAAUAUCGCUCUCACGGGAUGAGGCGAAGCGUGGCUGAAGGUCACCAAAUCCGGUUUGUCACGCCGGAACGACUGUGUAGGCUGUUAAGAUCUACACGCUCUAGAUACAGCGGUUUAUCUGAAAAGGAUCACGAUGAGAUCACGGGAUCAAAUCGAGCUUCCGAGGGUCAUUUGCUCUUGCGUAAGGGGAAAUUGGAAGCGGUGGGCUUUAGCGAGUACAUGGAUAGCGCGAUAACUAAAGGCGUACUUGAUGAAAUUUUACUUCGUGGUGGAGUUGAGGUGGAGUACCAGGUAAACAAUCCAAAUUGCCCUUCAGCAAAAGACGAUUCCUUCACAGAAGAAAAUCAUGAUCGAGGUCGCGCCCGUUCUCGUAAGGAGCUAUACACCGCCUCCCAUUGCGCCAGUCCGCAUCAUACUUUACCGGCUCCAGUCGAAGAAGUCUUUCAAGGUUACGCUUCUAUGCAUCCAACGAUCACCCCAUUCCCCAUCUCAUUUGACACAGAUUCAUCUUGUUCAUUUAGAAUCGAAAGACGAUUAGAAUCAAGCUUGCUCAGUGAAACUCCAGUCAAGGCUCUAGACCUCUGCGGAUGCAUUUCCAGCAAAUUUCGAUCUUCUUUAAAGGACUUUAUCAUUGACCAUGCCCUUUCCUCACCAUACCCAUCUGCUCGAACAGAUUCAACUCCAAUCAGCCUGAUGAAUACACCUAACGGGCUACUCAGAUGGACGAGAUUUCCCUUCCUGACCAGAUUAGGCUUGAGUAGAGUUAUGAUUCUUGACGAUCUCGAACUGUCAGAUUUUCUCUCUGGUUUCGUCAAUUUACUCGAUCUUGAUCUCAGUCAUACCAGGGCUGGAAAAAAUGUUCUGCAUACUCUUCAGUUAAUCAAAAAGAGUGACCGAAGCAGAUCCGAAUCGGUGAUUCUUCGACCAAGUUUCAGGAGUUUAAACUUAGCAAAAUGUAGGGGUCUGACCAAAGAAAACUUGGUCGGAUUCUUAUGCGGGAACCAAGAUGACGGUGGCGCCAGCGAUGCUGACCAGUGGGAAGAUCCUAUGGAAUCGAUCGGUGGAUUAGAAGAGUUAUCAUUGCACGGAGACUUGACACAGCCGACCCCUCUUGAUGCGGAAGCGCUCGACAAAAUCUUCUCAAGUUGUCCAGCCCUGCUUUCUGGGAGAUUGACGACGCUGGAUUUUUCAUCCGUCCUAAUCGAUGACAGCGAGUUUGAUCUGAAGCGAAAGAUGCCUGUCCAACCACGACUGUUGCAAUUAGGGCUCGGAUCAUGUCCUCACAUAAGUUUGGAAACAAUCAGAUUUUUACUCAAGGAGAAAAUGAAUUCUGUCGAGAUCUUGGAUAUUUCUUCUAGUUGCCUAUCCGCUAGACAAAGAGAAACUCGAUUUGGACAAACCACUUGCGCUAUAUCAACCGCCAAACUACAUACCGAGCUCAUUAGUCCAGUCACUCGCUUGGGACCAGGAGGUAGGAGGGUAAGCAAUCUCCGAGUUAUCGAACUCGACGAUGCUAGCUUGCAGGCUAUAAGGGGCGGAGCCGGGGGAUGGAAAGCAGCGUUUGGAAAAGGCCAAAGAGGAUGGUAUGUAGAUCUAUCCGUGGCCGUGAUAAUCGUAAGAGAGGCUUCGACUCAAGACCAAUCGCCGGCGCAUCCUCGCCGCCAAAUCAUCAGCCGUGCUUCUUUGAAAGACAACUUGAACUCUGACAGUCUGAAUUCCAUGGAGUCACUUACCGAAGAGGCACAAGUCGGGCGCCUGGAAGACAGUCUAGAUGCACUCAAAAACUCAGAUGAAACGAUCAGACACACGGAAAUCGGUUGGAUGAGCAGAAAAACUGAAAUUCUCCAUGGUUCCGGACUCUUAGGUCGACAGGAAGGAUUAUACGGUUUCCAUGCAUUUGCUUCCAAUUAGAACAUCUACAAACAAAAAAACAAAACCCAAAAACUUGGGAAAUUUUGAAAAAAAUAAAUAAAACUCUUUUCUUUUGUAACUUUCUUUGCUCGCUUUCCUUUCUUUUGGAUGUGCUGUGUUAUGUGAUCGACCUUUAAAUAUUUCUGCUUCGUUGUUGUACGCUUUCUGUCUUGUGUUAUUGGGUUAUAACGUAAUUGCUUUCUUUUUGCCGGUUCUUCAACUGUCUACAAUAGCCUUUACCUCUUCCUUUUUCUAGUAGAGAAGCCUCUUUUAGAGAGAGAGAGCUCCACAGGGAUUCUUAGAUUAGCAUGUUUCUACUCCAUGCCAAGAGUGCUGAUGUAUACUUUUAGCUGAAAGGGUCCUGCUGUGAUUGGUAAUUUUACAAAAGGUCCACACAAAAGAUCUUCAUUCACAACAGUUCUAGAUAAAAAUCGCUUUCGUAAUCCCCACUUGAUGAAU